AUGACCACUGUAGAUGAACAAACAGUAUUCGCUAAAUUAGAAGCACUUAAGGAUAUAAGAGCAAAAACAAUACAACUUGAAAAACUGAAAGCUAGAUUAUUGUUAGAAAUAGACGCUCAAGAUCAAGAAGAAAAAUGUUUGUCCGAAUACAAACAAGAAAUGGAUUUGCUUCUGCAAGAAAAAAUGUCACAUGUAGAAGAACUAAGACAAAUUCAUGCAGACAUAAAUGCUAUGGAAGGGGUCAUAAAGCAAGCUGAGGAAAGUAGAAACAGAUCUAUGUCUUCAGCAAUUCGUCUUCAUGAAGAGUAUGUUCCACUGAAAGGAGAAAUAGAUAGGUUAAGAAGAGAUUGUUUAGGCUUAGAACGUCUUCCUGAACUUCAUGAAGAGGAGGGUUCCAGUGUAACACCUGAGAAAUUUUCUCAACUCUACAAUUCAACAAAAUCACAAACUUCUGUCUUCACUAAAACUGCUGAUUGGAAUCGACCAAUUGGCCACAAUGAGAACACCUUGAGUUCCUUAGCACCGCCUUUACCGCCUACUUUUCUGCCGCCUCCAAAUCCCCUUAGGCUAGUAGACAAAUAA